AUGGAUAAAAAGGAUGUUUUUCUUCCUCGCCCCAUCAAUACUGUAUUGGAGGGGAACAAGAAUUACUUAUCUUGGUCUCAAGCUAUGCGCAGUUUUCUUAAGGGUCGUAUGCUCUGGCAUUACUGUACUGGUGCAGUCGCUAUUCCUGUCAAAGGAGCAAGUGAAGAAGAUACUGUCUUUCUUGGUCGUAUGAUUGAAUGGGAUAGUCACAACCACAUGAUCCUCACAUGGAUUCGGAACACUUCCAUUCCCUCCAUUUCCAACCUGUUGGGCAGCUAUGAUGAUGCCAAGUCAGCGUGGGAUAUGUUGGCCAAAAGCUUCGCUUCAUUUGACCAAAUUGACCUUUCUGAUCCAACUUGGGCAUGCUCAAAGGAUGCUCAACAAUAUGCUUCCAUCAGAGAUGAAUUUCGCCUCUAUGAAUUCCUGAUGUCCCUUCACAAGGACUUUGAACCCAUUCGAGGCCAGCUGCUAAAUCGCAGUCCUGCUCCCUCUCUUGAUACUGCUGUGAAUGAGUUGGUUAGAGAAGAAGCUCGUCUUGCAACCCUUCAAGCUCAGAAUAAGCUCAAUGUUUUGGCUAUUACACCUUCUGCUCCACCCAUAGAGCAACCUCAACAAUCAGGUGAUUCCUCUGGCUCUAGCAAUCGUCGCAAGCAGACCAACAAAAAGUUCUGCAACUAUUGCAAGCGUCCUGGCCACACCAUUGAGACUUGUUAUCGUCGCAACAAAUCUACUGCUGCUGUUGCUAAUACUGAGCCUACUCUGCCGAUGGCUUCCAUUUCAGCUGAGUCCCAGUCUUCUGGAUCCACUAUCAACCUCUCUCCCACUGAACUACAGGAGAUCAUAGCUCAAGCUGUUCGUAUGGCUGGAUCCGAGGACGGGACAAGAGCUUGGGACCGGCCCUAGAGUUGGGCGUAUGUUUCCCGUGGACAAUCUUCAUCUUCCACCUGUUGCUCCUGUUUCUGUUGCUGCUGCAGCUGCUGCAGUUUCUUCCUUACCAUCUCUUGCACUUUGGCAUUCUCGUCUUGGUCAUGCAUCAUCUUCUCGGGUACAACAGUUAGCUUCUAGGGGUCUGUUGGGUUCUGUGUCCAAAGACAAUUUUGAUUGUACUUCAUGUCAGUUAG